CACUGCUAGUGCAGUGUGUCUUUUGUGGACUUUUACUUUGACACGCGGUGGACCCGGAAGUGCUCGCAUCGCUGUUUGCACGAGGAGAAGGCACAUGAGGAUUUUCAGAGCGGCUGUUACUGAUGUUUAGCUGAAACUGAUUGCUGUGUGGUGUUCAUCAUGGCUGAGGAUAUGCUGAUGCUCAACAUCUCCAACCAGGAAUCUACUGACUCACAUUUCUCUGAGAAAAAACACACCAAGUCCUCAUCAGGGCAGAAAUGGACAGCAAAAAAGACAGCGAAUGGAAAAAGGAAGGCCUCAUUUGGAAAUCAAGACUAUGGCUCCGCCAAGCAAAGGAAGCUAAAUGCCAAGAUAAACACAAAGCAUGAGGACCAGGCAGCAUCUACGUUCCCAUCAAAACCAAAAACAUCUCCAAAGAAAGGACAGGAGGAACACAAGGGACAUGACAGACCUUUUAUUAAGACGUCAUCUCUCUUCCGAAACAACCCUGAGAUCCCAGAUGUGCUCAGUCCUGCUGUGUCUCAGGUGAAGGAGAAGGUCUUUACUGGUAGCUCCUUUCAAGAACUAGACCUGCAUCCUCACUUAGUGGCGACGCUUAACAAAGUGUUAAACAUAAGCAGUAUGACCAGUGUACAGAAGCAGACCAUUCCAGUGCUCCUGUCUGGAAAAGAUGCUGUUGUUCGAUCUCAAACUGGAUCAGGGAAAACGUUGGCGUAUGGAAUUCCUCUGAUCCAGUCUCUGCAGGCAGUGCAACCAAAAAUCAAGAGAUCAGACGGGCCACUGGCAGUUGUGAUUGUGCCUACACGAGAGUUGGCACAGCAGAGCUUUCAAAUCUUCCAGAAGCUUCUAAAGCCAUUCACCUGGAUCGUUCCUGGUGUCCUGAUGGGGGGAGAAAAGAGGAAAGCAGAAAAAGCCAGACUGAGGAAAGGCAUAAAUGUUUUGAUCUCCACUCCAGGACGACUGGUAGACCACAUCAAGAACACUCUUAGUAUCGCUUUUAGUGCUGUACGCUGGCUUGUUCUGGAUGAGGCAGACAGGACUCUUGACCUGGGCUUUGAGAAGGAUCUGACUGUAAUCCUGAAUGCUCUGAAUGCUGCCGGCUCCACUAGGCAGACGGUGCUGCUCUCUGCCACGCUCACUGAGGGGCUGUCCAGGUUAACCAGCAUUAGCAUGAAGGACCCCGUAUACAUCCAGGUCUCAGAUGUCACUGAUGAAAGAGUGGACACAUCCGAACCCUCUCUCUCAUCCCAGUCUCCACCUUCUCAGCAGGCCGACAGCUACGCCGUGCCUGACAGGCUGCAGCAGUAUAUGGUGGUGGUGCCUAGCAAACUGCGCCUGGUCUGCCUUGCGGCAUUUAUUCUGGCCAAGUGUAAGUUCGAACGAGAUCAGAAGCUCAUUGUCUUCAUAUCCAGCUGUGAAGCGGUGGAGUUCCUCGUCACACUCCUCUCCACUGUCCUGUGUGGCAAAUCCAGCACUGCAAACAAGCAGCAGCUGUCAAUCAACUUCCUCCGACUCCAUGGCAACAUGGAACAAGAGGAGCGGACAGAGGUGUUUCAGGAGUUCUCCCAGAGUAAGACUGGUGUCCUGCUGUGUACGGAUGUGGCAGCGCGUGGGCUGGAUCUUCCUCAAGUCACAUGGAUAGUACAGUUUAACCCUCCCACUUCUGCAGCGGAAUAUGUGCAUCGUGUCGGCCGUACAGCUCGCAUCGGAGCCCAGGGCAGCGGCCUUCUCUUUCUCACCCCCUCAGAGACCGCCUACGUGGAUGUCUUGGCCAAUCACAAUAUCAGUCUCAGGGAGAUGAAAAUGGAAGACAUCUUGUCGACUCUGAUGCAGGACGAGCGCUUCAGAGGCAGGGGAAAUUGGGACAGAAAGAAAUCAUCCGGUGCCCGUGAGCAAGAUAUGCGCGAGAGAGCUACAGUUUUACAGACGGACUUUGAGAACUGUGUCCAUGGCAGUGCGGAGUCGGUGCAAGCUGCCAAGAAAGCCCUGCAGUCAUUUGUGAGGGCGUAUACGGCAUACCCCUCUGCCCUGAAACACAUCUUCCACAUCCGUCACCUCCACCUGGGCCACGCUGCCAAGAGCUUCGGCCUGCGAGACGCACCACAGGGCCUGUCCUCCGCCGUCACAGACUCCACGGCUAACGGGAAGGCCAAGAAAAAAGCUAAAGGAAAGGAUAAUAAGAGGCCUGCCACUAAGCUCACAGCCCGAGAGCGAGUGGCCAGCCUGAUCCGCUCCGAGUACACCAGCGGGAUAGACGGAGAGUCCAAGUCGAAAAAAAAGAGGAAGAAGAAGAAAGCAAAUGCAGAAGAUGAGCUAACAGAAGGAUGAAAGACGUAGGGAAGCAAAGUAGCUGAAAACUCACAGACAGAUGGUCGGAGGUUUGGAGUUACAGGUGUUCAAACCCACUGCUGGAUAUUUUUACCUGUGACAUGACAAAGCUCCAUGAACCUCACCAUCCUCAUCAUGUUCAUCACCAAGUGCCUGAGGAGGAGCUGCGUUGCGCUGUGUGGAAGGUUUGUUCAUUUGGAAAUGUUUGGAUUUAUAAAUGUGUAAUGCUUUUCUGCAUUACUGGAGCUGUCAGAGGUGUUGGAUAAAUUGUAAAAUAAAACGGUUGUAAAUUUGUACAAUUUGUGUUUCUUGAAUG